AAUGAAUACAAGAUAAAAGUUACUAUAAAAUAUUAGUUAUAUAGCAGGUGAUACAAGAAUCAAAUAAUAGAAUCAAAGUAAUUUAAGAAUAAGAUCAUAAAAGUCUAGAAAGGAGAAUGCUAGUUUCAUUGUUACAAAAUAAACAUAAUAACCUAAAGCUAAUAUCAAUCUCUAUUAAACCCAAAUACAUUCACCAAUAAAAAAUAGAAGCAUGAAUUAGAAUAAAGAAAACAAUAUAAAUUAUGCAUAUGUACCAUUAAAGAAUUCAGAUGAACUAAUUAUAAAUAGUGCAGAAUCACAUUCGCUUAAUUUAUCAUAUUCACCUUCAUCUAAAAAGAAGCCAUAACCAUCAUGUUUCGUAUUGCCUUCGAGAAGCAUUAAACCUAAAAUAAAAUUGACAAAAAAAGCUCUAGAAAUUAGAAGUAUAUAUUUGGAUAAACCAAAACCAAAACAGAAUAAUUUUAUUAACAUAAAGGGUACAUAAAAAAUAAUCAGGUGAG